CUCAGAAUUACCUUGCCGUGGUGCCGCCGACGAAUAACGUUCAGUCGAGACCGAGCUCAUCCGCGAUACAGUUGAUUUUCGCAUCUAACAGACAAAAUGGCUGAUGUUCCAAAGCGUGAAGUUGAAAAUGUCGAAUUCGUUUUCGAAGUCAUGGGUUCCCCCGGCGAGGGCAUUGAUGCCGUCGACCUAGGAGAUGCCCUCCGCGCUCUGAACUUGAACCCCACCUUGGCGCUGGUCGAGAAGAUGGGCGGCACCAAGAAGCGCAACGAGAAGAAGAUCAAGAUGGAUGAGUUCCUGCCCAUCUACUCACAGGUGAAGAAGGAGAAGGAGCAGGGUUGCUACGAGGACUUCAUUGAGUGCUUGAAGCUCUACGACAAGGAGGAGAACGGCCACAUGAUGCUGGCUGAGCUGCAACACGCCCUGCUGUCGCUCGGUGAGAACUUGGAUGACGAGCAGGUGGAGACUCUGUUCGCCGACUGCAUGGACCCCGAGGAUGAUGAAGGCAUGAUCCCCUACUCCCAGUUCAUCCAGCGCUUGAUGAGCGAUCCAGUCGUCUUCGACUAAACACAUUCCUCGCCAGAAUGUGUGAUAGACCAGAUCAGCUAUAAAUAGUUACAAACAACAACAACAGCAACUAUAGAGCAACAACAACAACACCAACAACAAAUUUAUAGCAACAACCAUUCUCCAUAGAUGUUAUAUUCAUCGCUAACUCUCUCUAUCUCUCUCUCGUAUAUUAUUUUAAUUAAAAAUUACAUCUGCUACUACAACUGCAAAAUUGAACUUCAAGAUAAUAUUAUUUUUUAAAAAAUAAAAAAAUUUAAAUUAUAAAAUAACGAAAAAAAAACUGAAAAAAUCUAAA